AUGUACAUAUACAAGGAUGACCUCGCGCGUACAAACCGUCAAGGUGAUCGAGGUCAGUUGUUCUCUUCCUCAACCGUGACUAGUAUAUACAGAGUUGGGACUGACGGCCAAAUUCUGUGGGCUGUCAAUAUUAAUGCCCCGCAUUUAACAGGAAAAAACGAGAAAUUUCAUGAUCCUUAG